AUGUUUUUAUUCACAAUUUUUUUCUUAUAUUGCAGUUUAAAAUUUGGCACGUUACUUAGGAAUUUGCUCAUGGAUAGAUCUGUAAGACCGCUUCUUUUUCAAAACAGAGCGUCCAGGUUGGUGCUUUAAUACUUGCUGUCUUUAGUCAUAGCUCAUGGACAGUGCCCACACGAUGAGAUCACCAAUAUUUUGUUUUAACCGAGUUUAAGCUGAAUACUAACAAAAGCAGAUAUCAAUAUUUGGGCUAUUUAAAUAAGGAGGUGAAACCUUUAGCUUUUUAUGUUAGUUUACGUAUCAGUGACAUUUCAGAAGAGCAAUUUGAUGCCAUUUUGAGUAAAACAAAUCAUUUUGGCUUGUAACCUGUAAAUUUCACGAAUGAGGUAAAACGAAGAAACAAAGAAUUCAACACAAUAGCCCUUAGGAAAACAGUAAAAGGUUAAAAACAAAAAGAAAGUUCACAGGAUCAGUUUCUUGCACCAAGACCUCAGACCCGGGGGGGGGGGGCACUUGGGUAUUUUUUGGGUGGGUAUGUGCUGCCCAGGACUCCAAAUUGGCACCCCAUUCUACAAAAAAAUUCCCCUAAAAUUGAUACCCGUUUCUAGAGAUGGGCCAAUUUUUUACACUCCUUUCUAGAAUUCGCCAUAAAACUGGUACCCUGUUCUAGAAAUGGGCUAAUUUUUUACACUCCGUUCUAGAAAGUUUGUAAAUUGAAAUAGCCGUGUUUUUUUAAAAAGAUAUUUCUUUAUUUGUUUGACUUAUACAUCAAAUAAAUGCUUCUUCAUAAUCAUCCGGAGUACUGGAGCUUUCUUGCGUUCGAAAUAUUAUACCCCGUUCUAGAAAACGCCUCUGAAAUGGAUACCCCGUUCUAAAUCAGGAGCUUCAAAAUCACGACCCUGUUGGGCGGCACAUACCUGUAUAGGUAAUGUAUGGGAGUACCCCCCCUCCCUCCUGGGCCCUCAGAUGAUUCAACCUUCCAUGAUGUCAUGAUAACAAGUAAUUAGGGGCUGUUUUCCUCGCACUAUAUUUUUGUUUUUCAACAAAAUAGGUUUUAAAAUCUUAUUUUUUGAAAGUUUUAGAAACAAAACCAGGGCAUGGGUGUAAACCACUAACUACUUAUAACAAGACAAACAAUAAAUGAGCCCUUUAUUCACUGGUUAUUUCUGUGUAGAAUACUAUGGGAUCAGUAUUAUAAUAUUGACUUCUUUUUUGUUAUUUACUAGCAGUUGCAGUGCAGCAAUCACUCGCAUAAGAAAAAAGGUAUAUCCACGUAUGUACAAAGUAAGAUUGGUGCAGCCAGAUGGAUCUUCUUACUUCAUCAGAUAUGAUAAACCUUAUAAAAUAAUAAAACAAGCAAUUGACCCUGCUAACAUGACAGACGAAGAAAGAAAAGCAAGAAUGGACAGACUUAAACCAGAAAAACCCAAGAAAAUAUAUGAACUUGAGGAAGAGGAUGAUGAGGGCUAUAAUCAAAGAUCAUGGACAGACUUGAUCAAGAAAAAGUGAAAGUUCAGUGAUUGCAGUGUUGUUUGUUUAAGCUAUAAAUCCCAUGUAGAUUGUAGCCGGGUAAAGGUACAGUAGAAUGCUAUGAAGGUUUCAGAUCUUCAGAGCUUUAACAACAAAGAAAUCAAACAAAAAUACUGAAGCAUUCCUCAUACAAAGACAAUAUGUCCAUUUUGCUGACAUUCUAUUUUGUCCUUUUAUCAACUUUAUAUUCCUUUAUUUUCGUGCAUAGUAUUGUAUAAGAAUGAGUGUGGACAGAGG